AUGGCUCCUCCUCCUCCGGCGAAUUUGCCUCUCGUUGAGAGAUUGAAGGCUCUCGCUCAGACAUUACAACAUGUGACACUUCUCAUCUCCGUGUUCCGCUAUUUGCUAUCCUACCUCACCUUCAACUACUAUUCCUCGGCGGCACAAGUCUCAUAUCGCCUUGCGUUCGUCGCCGCUGCCGCAACCUAUGGAAUCGUGGUGUAUAAAGCGCACAUCGCCCGGGGUCGUCUUCAGGGUAGCGUUCCCAGCAUUGCGUUGAAGCUUGCUGGCGAUGAGAAUGUUCAGUACCUUGGAAUGGCAUUGGUCUGGCUCUACUCGCGCCAGAUCCCUCUGGCUCUUCUUCCUUUCACCGUGUACUCGGUCUUCCAUGUCGCCACCUACACUCGUGCCCACUUGAUCCCUACUCUGCAGCCUCCUGCCCAGGGUGCUGCUGGCGCCGCUUCGCCCUCCUCUCCCAGCGCUAGACCCGCGGUGAAGCAGUCUCCCCUUGCGGAAACCAUCGGACGAUUUGUCAAGCAGUACUAUGACACCAGCAUGGAUCUUGUCGCUGGCCUCGAGAUGGCUCUCUUAUUCCGCCUGUUGCUCUCGCUUCUUACCUUCUCCAAGGGCAGCAUCGUUCUCUUCUUCCUCUAUCUGGCUUUCUUCCGCGCCAGAUACUCUCAGAGCUCGUUCGUCCAGCAGGCCGUCCGCCAUUUCACCGCUAGAGUUGAUGCCUCGAUCUCCCACCAGAGCACUCCUCCCGCGGUGCGCCAGGGAUGGGAACAGUUCAAGGGCUUUGUUCGCCAGGGAUACGAGGCUACCGAUCUCAGCCGUUUCACCACUGGUGCUACUGCCAAGAAGCCCCAGUAA